AUGUCACCUCAUCGAAAAGUAUCAAUGUCAACCAAACGACACCCAACUGUGAUUCAAGAUAUCUUCCUAGGAUUGGGAUUAAGUUUGAGUGAACAACCAAAAGAAGAUAAACCUGAUGGUUCAGAUCCAGGUAGAGAAUUAGAAUAUUCAGCUGUGUUACAUGAUGGUACAGGUGUAGUUGAAAGUGAAACGUUUCAUACCAAAUAUUAUUCCAAAGAUAAAACAAAGGAUCAACUUACAGAAGAAAACAAAAGAAUUGGAAGAGAAGUUUUGGGUUUGAUUAGAAGUAUUCAAACUGAUAAAGGAAUGAAUGUUCGAAUGGUUGCCGUUGCCGAACCCGUUCCAAGAGAAUUCAAAGGUCAUGAAGGUGUACAAUUCUUUUCCACAUUAUGGCUACAUGUCGACGUCAUCCCCAUCAUUGUCACCCCAUCCACAUCAAUUUUCACUAGGCUCCCAGCUCCUUCUACUUCAGCUAGUGCCACCGCCGCCAUUAGUGCUGGUGUCAAACAUCUUCACCCUGCGACACAUUCCGCUACUACAGCCGAUGUUCAUCCUGCCGACCACUCUGUACUGGUAGACUGUGACAACCAGGUGAAACUUUGCAGCAUUCUGCAAUACCAGCAAAGUACAAGUGAAGCUCUUUGGAAACGAUUCACUGCUCUUACAGAUCAUCUCAACCGAAAUAAGGUAUCCAUCGCAUUCUUUUCUGCUACCCCUCAAGGUGGUGGUGUCGCACUCAUGAGACAUGCGAUGCUUAGACUUUGGAAAAUGGUUGGAUUCAACGUCAAGUGGUAUGUUCCCGAAGGACACCCAACAGUAUUCGACAUUACCAAACGAAAAUUUCACAACGUACUUCAAGGUGUCGCUCCUCAAGACAUGGAUCUGACUGAUGAAGAUAAGAGUAUGUUUGAGAUCUGGACCGAGCAGAACUACGAAGCGUUCUGGUCGAGUGGCGCAAUCGAUGCAUCUAUUAUCGUCAUUGAUGAUCCUCAACUCACGGCUUUGAUCCCUAUCAUCAAGAAGAAACGACCGGAUGCUAAGAUCAUCUUCCGAUCGCAUAUCCAGAUUCAAUCCGAUUUGACUGAUGAUCCUAAGACUAUGCAAUCUAGAACAUGGAACUACCUAUUUGACUUCAUCAAGGAUGUAGAUCUUUUCCUAGCUCAUCCCGUAAAAUUCUUCGUACCUAAGAACGUACAUGAGAGAUUACCCGUUCUUUACAUGGCGCCAUCUACAGACCCCCUCGAUGGUCUCAACAAACCUUAUGGUCGAGCUUCAGUCAGAUAUUUCAGGCAGUACUUCAACACAUUAUCCUCCGAGCAAUGUGGUGUCAAGAUCGACUGGGAUAGAGGAUAUAUUUGUCAGAUUGCAAGAUUCGAUCCUUCAAAGGGUAUCGACGAUCUCCUUGCUGCCUACCUUCAGUUCCGAAAGAAGCUCGAAGAUUCCGAUAAACCUCCAGUUGAUGGCGGUCCUCAGCUUAUUAUCAUGGGCCACGGAAGUGUUGAUGAUCCAGAUGGAUCCGUUAUCUAUGAGCAAUUGCACGAUACCCUUGGUACUAAGGAGUAUUCUCUCGUGAAAGACGAUGUCGCUGUCGUCCGAGCUCCACCAAGUGACUCGAUCCUCGGUUGUAUCCUACAAGGUGCAUGGGUAGCUACUCAAUUGUCUACCAGAGAAGGAUUCGAAGUCAAAGUGACCGAGGCCGUUAACAAGCGAGUCCCCAUUAUAGCCUCUGACGCAGGUGGUAUCCCAUUACAAGUGAAACACGGUAAGAAUGGAUGGGUAGUACCCACUGGAGAUCGAGCUGCCAUCGCCAAUUUGUUAUUCGAUAUAUGGCAAGGUAAAGCGCAAGUUCAUCGAGAUUUAUGUCUAUCUGGAUCCGCAAGUAAAGGAUUAGAUGGUAAAUCCGAUCCAAAUUCAAUUGCUCAAGCAUGGGUUGGUGACUUCGAUAGGGAAGCUCAGAAAGUUCACGAUGAUGAAGGAGCCACAUCAGAAGAUUUCUGGACUGUAGGAAAUUCAACUAGAUGGAUGUUACUAUUCGAUAGAUUAUUGAAUUUACAACCGGAUCAAAACGUAGCGGAAUCGGAUGAGAAUGGAAAUAAUGGUGACAAGAAUGGUACUUUAGGUAAAGAAGAGGAAUUCGGAAAAGUCAAAGUCACAAGUGAACAAAUCGAUACUUUGAAAUCAAUGGAUAUAGGCAAACCAUUAGAAGGAAAGGGGAUUGAUGGAAUAAACGUUUGGAAAAUGGUCAUGGGUGAUGAUUUAUUAGAAGGUGAAGGUGAUUUGAUCUGA